GCACGAUGUCUACUGAAAGCCAUUUCCUUCGUGCAAUGGCUUUCGAAGGCCUAGCCGGCACGCGAUAUAGGCUAGGCGAGUGUCCUGUUCCCACCUUAUUACCCGGAGACAGCCACUUCUCCUGCAUGCCGCUUGCUACCACCGCGCUGGCCUCCACCGUAGGCCAUCAUGCUGGUCCUUGAUUCCUCCUCGACCUGCGACGUCUGCCUCGAGUCCUACUCUGAGAACAAGGUCCCCCAUGUCAUCAAUUGCGGGCACACAUUCUGCUUGAGGUGCCUGCAGCUCUUGACCCGACAGAUCUGCCCUCUUUGUAGGAGGGACUUCGAGCCCGUACAUGUACGGAGACUGCAUACCGAUAAGGGCAGCAGUCGUCCUACCUCCCCAUCGCCGCCUGCUGCUUACGAGCUGGACGAACCGUCCGCGCACGCUCGACACUUGCAAGGCAGGAUCUCGCAUAUCGUCCUUGAUGGCGCCGCGUCUGUAGAUGUCCUGAAUACACUUGAGGACGUCAAUGAGUGGCUCCAAGGUCAGCCACCCAAAGAGCACGCUGAUCUAGAAGCUGCUUACUUUUUGCUCCGUCGUUACGCUGAGCUGCAGCAUAAAUGCACAGAGCGUAAAGCGAGUUUGAUCAACUUGCAGGAGGAGUGUGAAGACCUCAGGGAGCAACUGCACCUCGAGCAAGAUGCAAACCAGGACCUCAAAGGGCAGCUCUGUGCACAAGAAGAGAUGGCGGAAGCAAAGUGCCAGGAGCUCCAGCGGUUACGUGAUAACGACCGCCAGGAAUUCAAGAACGCCGAGGUAGAACUUCGGGAGCAACUCACGAAGCUCGACCGCAACUGGACUGGGAGACAUGAGGUGCUGCAGAACGAGUGCAAGCGACUCGCUGAGGCGGUCCGGGAGUGCGAGCGUAAUCACCAAAAUCCUCUCCCGAUGCCUCCCCGCUACGACAUCAGCAGCCGCCCGAGCCCUCAGACCUCUCCUCCGCAAGAGGACAUGGUCAUCGUGCAGGAGAGGGCAGACGAGCGGCCGGAGCCUACCAACUCGCUUAAGAUCGACAUGGGCGGGAGGGAGAACAUCUUCCACGUCUCGCCCGUCGCGCAGACGCAGCCGAUCCCGCCGCUCACGUCGGAGACCUUCCGUGCGCUCAGCGACGACAUCCCCGACAGCGAGGACGAGGGCGUGCGCAACCGCAGUGCGAAGGCGAUCCCCAUUAAGAACGGCUUGCACCGCGCCGGCUCGUCGCGCCUCAGGUACGAGGACCCGAUGGCGCGCUCGCUCCCGCGGAGCCUCAUCGACGUGCACAUGGCGGGCUGCUCAACGUCCCCAGGCAUGCACAACCUCCACACGGCCAUCCACGAGCGGCGCGAGGCCCAGGACAGCAGGGACAGCGGAUUCGGCCUGAACCUGACGUCCGCGCGGUACGUCGACUGUCAGGAGAUGUCCGAGGAGGAGCGGCAAGUGCGCCGGCGCGCGCAGCUGCACGAAGUCCUGCACGACCCAACGGUCAAGAGCAUCCACUCGCGCUCCCCCGCGCCCGUCAUCCCUCCGCCGCCCCCGCCGACGCGGUCGAAUACGGUCCGCUGGGCGAGCGAGGCCGCCAAGGCCGCCGAGCGCGCGCGCACGGCGAGCAUCCACACGGCGUCUUCGUCGUCCUAUGCACAGGCCUCGGCGUACGCGUACGCGCCGCCGACGUCUCCCUCGGUGCCGUACGCGGGUUCGACGCGCACGCCGUCCCCGACGUCGCAUGCCUCAUCGACCCGGCCGCCGUCCCCGACGCGCAGCCCCGUCUCAGCCACGCGGAUGCGCCCGCACCAGGUGCGCACGACGUCGACGGACAGCUUGAAGACGAUGAAGAUACCCGCGAGUGCGUCGAACCUGACGAGGACGUUCCUCGUGCAGGAGGCGCACGCACAGCGGGUGUCAUAACCACGCUGGGCCGACUCUCCGGAUCGUAUCCGAUACACACUAUAGUGCUGGUUCUGAGGGCAGAGCGUACGUGGUCGUUGC